GUAGGGGGGGAAGGAACGACGGGUGGGAGAGGACGAUGCCGGAGCCGAGAGUGCCACGAUUCAGGGUGCCCGCGGCAUUGGUGUCGCCGGCGUCGCUGUGUCUCAUCGGCGGCAUCGUGUACUACUUUUCCUUGGACAAGCCUUCCGAAGACGAGCUCAACAGCAACAUCGGCAAGGAGUUUCCCGACGUGGUCCGUGGCCGCCGUGAAGUGGACGACCGAAUGAAGGAGUUCUUCAAACGGGUCAACAACAACGACCCCAGAGAGGAGGAACGCAUGCGAGACCUCCUCAACAAGGGGAAAGGGUCCCACUACAGCGCCAAGCGUCGGCACGCCACGACCAAGGACAUCGAGGAGUUCGGCUUCGUCUCCAAGCCUGCCGGCACUUCCUCCUCUCAGACGGCACCGGCGACAACGACAACAACAAUCUCUCCGUUGGCCGAGAACGAGCGACCACCAGGCUGGGGGUCGAAGACCAUCCCGUCGCAGAAGCUGGCGGUUGAGGAGGAGGGGGGGACGCCGAGGCGACGAUGGUGGAGAUUCUGGUAAUAGUACCAACGAACAAAACGUUCGCUAUCGUUUCUGUAUGCGCCACGGUUGCUUUUCCCCAAAUGAAUCGAGUUUCAGGUUUCUCGACGAGAGGCUAGUGCGCGUCCUGCCCGGGUGCAGGGAGGGUGACGUUACCACCAAGAGACAAAAACGGCUUGGUAUUUCAUGAGCAGAGAGAAACCCCCAGUCACUUCGCGCUGGGGGGAUUGCCCCGAACGGAUGUGGGUCUACAUUUCGUAGUGUUUUCGUAGAUGGUCUGAACCAACAAAGCGUGUUUGCGGAGAUGUAAUGUGUGACGUUUUUUGAGGGUCGCCGGCUCUCGCUCUCACGGCAACACUUCUGGCGGGCGAUGCUGAGCGGCCUGGUGAGAGGGCAACCAGGGUUCUUGGUAAAACUGGCUCGGGAGGAGCGACGAUAAAACACAAAACACACGACAGCAGAGCCUUCUUUUCGCUCAAGCUCACCGCGUGACGACGAUGUUGGGCGGGACUUUUGCUUUUUUUAUCUUGGUGUGACCAUGAAUCGGAGCACGUACAGUACCUGACAGAAAAAUGCCACGAGUCCUGACUUUUAAAGUGACGACGACAAAAAACCCGUUCGCUGUUUGGCGGGAGCAUGAGUUCUUUGCGCCAGGAUCGUUU